GAUUCAACACCUCACUCACCUGUUCCUGAUUCCAACCCACGAUCUUGUGACAGGAUACGAGCUGGCUUCUGCAUGUGCAUGUGCUUGCAACGAAGAUUCAGCACAUGUAAAAAGCAUGACAUGUUAGCUCAGCACUCAUUCAACCUCAACCUUCAUCGCUUAUCGAUCGACACUCCUUCACACAUGCAAAACCUACGCGCGCUAUAGAAACAAACAUACACCCGACCGACAUGCGGAUCUUCUCGACAUUUGCGCUGCUAGGGCUACUGGCUCUAGCUACCGCGCAAGAUUACUACAAGAUCCUCGACCUCGACCGAUCAGCCUCAGACCGCGACCUCAAGAAAGCCUACCGGCGACUAUCAAAGAAAUACCACCCAGAUAAAAACCCUGGCGACGAAGAAGCGAACAAGAAAUUCGUCCAAGUCUCAGAAGCAUACGAAACCCUCGCCGACAGCGACCUGCGAAAAAUCUACGAUCAGCAUGGCGCAGAAGGCGUGAAGCAGCAUAAACAACGAGGUCAAGGAGGCGGAGGCGCUAGGAACCCUUUCGACAUCUUUAACCAGUUCUUUGGCGGCGGGGGACACUUUGGGCACGGGCAGAGAAGAGGGCCGGAUAUGGAGGUAUGGAUCAAGCUCCCGCUCAAAGACUUUUAUACAGGCGCCGAGCACGAUUUCAAAGUCGAGAAGCAGGUGAUUUGUCCGAAAUGUGAGGGUUCGGGUUCGGAGGAUGGGCAUCGUGAUCAGUGUGCGAAGUGUGGAGGGCAUGGGAUGCUUUUGCAGAAACAGAUGCUUGCGCCGGGGAUUUUUCAGCAGGUGCAGAUGCAGUGCGAUCAGUGUGGGGGUGCGGGGUCGACGGUGAGGCAUAAGUGUAAGAAGUGUGGUGGGGAGAGAGUUGUGAGGGGGGAAGAGAGUUAUGAUAUUACGGUUGAGAAGGGUAUGCCCAGAGGGGCGAGAGUGCAGUAUGAGAAUGAAGCGGAUGAGUCGCCGGACUGGGAAGCUGGGAGUUUGGUGGUGCAUAUCGCGGAGCAGACUCCUGGGAUUGUUGCCGAGGAGAAAGACCGAACAGAUGGCGCCUUUUUCCGACGGAAAGAUGAGAACCUCUUCUGGAGAGAAAUCCUCUCCUUACGAGAAGCAUGGAUGGGCGACUGGACACGAAACCUCACCCAUCUCGACGGCCACAUCGUCCAACUCUCGCGAAAACGCGGCCAAGUCGUGCAACCCGGCACCGUCGAAGUCGUGGAAGGCGAAGGUAUGCCGAUUUGGAAACAUGAGGAAGGUAAAGGCCCUUCGCAUGGUGCUUUACACGUCGAAUAUGUUGUCGUGCUCCCCGAUCAAUUGGAGAGUGGCAUGGAGAAGGAGUUUUUCGCUUUGUGGGAGAAGUAUCGGAAGAAGAGUGGUGUUGAUUUGCUUAGGGAUAGUGGGAGACCGAUGCCGAUGCUGUCGACGCAGAACAAGCAUGAUGAGUUGUAGGGGGAGGGGGGGGGGGUUGUUAUGAGGAUGCAUUUGUCUUGUAUUGAUACCAGUGGAGCGUUGAUGUAGAGGAUAGAACAGGAUCCCAAUCUGAGUGAUUUUUUGGAAGAG